ACACUUAACCUGAAGAGCAAGAACCCCACGUCAUAUUACUUCGGUGAUUUGAUAGCGCGCUCCGAAGCAUUCCCUCCAUCUUAAUCUUCUGCAGUUUUGCAUUCGAUCUCUCAGCCUGUUAUUCGUCUUCGUUUCCGUUUCGUUGCCUUGUCUAUUACAAAGUUUAUAAAAAAGAAUGAAGCUUGAUACUAGUGGUCUUGAAUCAACUGCACCAUUCUUUGGGUCGAGCCAUGAACUUAAUGAUGGGUUUUCAGCUGUCCCAUCCUUCGAGAUUCCUGAUACGAUUGACUUUGAUGGCUUUCAGAAAGAGGCUGUACAGAUGGUGAAGCCAGCAAAGGGAACCACCACGCUUGCUUUCAUAUUCAAGGAGGGUGUCAUGGUUGCUGCUGAUUCUCGAGCUAGCAUGGGAGGCUAUAUCUCGUCUCAGUCUGUGAAGAAAAUUAUUGAAAUUAAUCCUUACAUGCUUGGCACUAUGGCUGGAGGAGCUGCUGACUGUCAAUUUUGGCACAGAAAUCUUGGCAUUAAGUGCCGACUGCAUGAAUUAGCAAACAAGAGCAGAAUCUCAGUUACAGGGGCAUCAAAGUUGCUGGCAAACAUUCUGUUCUCUUACCGUGGGAUGGGUUUGUCCGUUGGGACCAUGAUUGCUGGAUGGGAUGAAACGGGUCCCGGGCUAUAUUAUGUGGACAGUGAAGGAGGAAGGCUCAAAGGAACAAGAUUUUCAGUUGGAUCUGGUUCACCCUAUGCUUAUGGUGUGCUGGAUAAUGGUUACCGGUAUGAUAUGUCAAUUGAAGAAGCUGCAGAGUUGGCUAGAAGGGCUAUUUAUCAUGCAACAUUCCGUGAUGCAGCCAGUGGUGGAGUUGCUAGCGUUUAUUAUGUGGGACCCAAUGGGUGGAAGAAGCUAUCAGGUGAUGAUGUUGGGGAACUACAUUACGAAUACUAUCCAGUUUUGCCUAGUACAGUGGAACAGGAAAUGGUUGAAGUAGCUGCGGCAUAAGGUUCAUUCUGCACUUAGACCAUGCUCGAGAUGUUCUCCCCUUGAGAGAUGAAUUCCAAGCAUGCUUAAAGGCAGAAAAUCAUUCAAGUACACCUGUAUUUGCGUUUGAUCUUUGAAACACUUCAUAGACAGACAAGCCAAUGUCACGAGAGCCAAAGCAUUCAUGGCCGUUUAUUGUUAUCUAGCAGUUAACCAAACCCUAUUUUGGGUAUAAACCCUAUUUUGGGUAUGGUAGAUUUUCGUCUCUCUGAUCGAUCA